AUGAAGCGCUUCAGCCAGAAAGUCCUCUCUCGAGGCAAAGACUCCACGAAGUCGUCCAAGAAGAAUAAAGACCCCAAGGAUGGCACCGCGUCGCCAUCAUCGCGAGAUCCAUCUACGCAGUCGCCAACUCUGACUCCUACCUCCUCGACUACAGCUGUCAAUGACAUUCGUAACAAGCCCCUGCCGCCAAAUUCUACAGACGGCCUUGGUCAGGGCGCUGGCGGCGACAGAUUCGGAGCCAUGGGUGCCAACUCUAGCCCCAAUGGCAACACUAGACUGCCGCCCACAGUCGUGAUCAGCCCAACCCCAGGCCACGUCCCUCCCCCAGGUGCCGCCGAGACGAUGCCGCACGACCUCGCCCCUCCCAAGCCCGGCCAAAAGUCGCUCAUGAUUCACCGCGGAAUAGAUAAUCGCGAUGCGAUUCCCGAGGGACUUCGAACCCCCAAGCGACAACACUCCUCGCGCUUCGAUAUUUCUACAAACCGAGACCUUGAAAAGCUGCCUGGGUUCCACGAGGUCCCCCCCAACAGGCGCCAGGAGCUCUUCAUGCAAAAGAUUGAACAGUGCAACGUCAUUUUCGACUUUAACGAUGCCAGUGGCGAUAUGAAGGCGAAGGAAAUUAAGCGACUGGCUUUGCACGAGCUUCUUGAUUACGUCGCCAACAAUCGACAGGUCAUCACCGAGCCAAUGUAUCCCAAGGUGGUCGACAUGUUUAGCAAGAACCUUUUUCGCCCUAUCCCACCCCCAAUGAACCCCCAGGGCGAGCCCUUCGAUCCGGAAGAGGAUGAACCUGUGCUCGAGGUUGCCUGGCCACAUAUUCAGGUUGUCUACGAGUUCUUUUUACGUUUCAUCGAGAGCCAGGAUUUCAACACAAACAUCGCGAAGGCCUACAUCGACCACAGCUUUGUUCUGCAAUUGCUCGACCUCUUCGACUCGGAAGACCCCCGCGAACGCGAUUUCCUCAAGACUACUCUCCAUCGAAUUUAUGGCAAAUUUCUGAAUCUGCGCUCGUUUAUCCGUAGAUCUAUCAACAAUGUCUUCUUCCAAUUCACCUACGAAACGGAAAGGUUCAACGGCAUAGCUGAGCUCUUGGAGAUCCUUGGCUCCAUCAUCAAUGGCUUUGCGCUCCCUCUCAAAGAGGAACACAAGAUCUUCCUGACUCGUGUACUCCUCCCCCUUCACAAGCCUAGGAGCUUGAGCAUGUACCAUCCUCAGCUCGCGUACUGCAUCGUGCAGUUCCUAGAAAAGGAUGCAUCCCUAACAGAAGAUGUUGUCCUUGGACUUCUCCGCUACUGGCCGAAAGUAAACAGCACAAAGGAAGUCAUGUUCCUAAACGAAGUCGAGGACAUCUUCGAGGUCAUGGAUCCUGCCGAGUUUGCCAAGGUGCAAGAGCCGCUCUUCCACCAGCUGGCCAAAUCUGUCGCUAGCCCGCACUUCCAAGUCGCUGAGCGUGCGCUCUACUUUUGGAACAAUGAGUACUUCUGUAACCUGGUUAGCGACAAUGUCGAAAUUAUUCUGCCAAUCAUGUUUGCGCCGCUCUACGAGAACUCAAAGGGCCACUGGAACAGAACUAUUCACGGCAUGGUGUAUAAUGCGAUGAAGCUCUUCAUGGAGAUUAACCCCCAGCUGUUUGACGACUGCUCCCACGAGUACACUGAGCACCAAAACAGCGCCGCCGAGCGUGAAGCAUUGCGAGAGCGGAAAUGGGCGGCCCUUGACGAGCAAGCCGAGACGCGCCGCAACUCUAUGUCCUCGGACAUGGGCGAACUCCCGCAAAGAAUACAAGUCACCGCCAUGCCCCGCGUCGACGAGACAGAUCCGAGCACCGAUGACAGCCAGAAGCGUCUGGACUCGCUCCGCCUACAAGACCAGUCUGGCCGCCGGCCCAGCGUUCACGAACGCCAAGGGUCGACCAGCUCAACGCGCAGUCGGUGA